GAAUCCAAGAUGGCGUCGCCUAUGGAGAUCAACAUUAACGCUGCUCUAUUAAGCUAUAACAGCAAACUUGGUGUGGAAAUUUCAUCAUUAAAGCCAGCCCAGUCAAAUGCCCUUGAAGCUAUUCUCAGAGGCCAUGAUGUUAUAGCUGCAUUUCCUACAGGAUUUGGAAAGAGUCUCAUUUAUGAAAUAAUACCUUUUGUCAAUCCCAAUGCAUGUGUAUUAGUUAUUGAACCCUUGAAUGUGAUAAUUCAGCAACAACUGAAAAAGCUCUGUGGUCUGGCAAUUUUUCUUCAAAAACACAUGAAUGUGGAGGACUUAGACAAAGUGAAAAAGGGCAAAUUUCCUUUCAUUUACUGUCAUCCUGAAUUUCUGAUAGGAAAUCCAGAAAUAAACAAGCUUCUUCAGGGUGAUUUUUUUCAAAAUGAUGACACUGUCAUUGUUAUUGAUGAAGCUCACUGUGUUAUGGAAUGGGGAGAGGAGUUCCGAACUGACUACAAAAGAUUGAGUGAACUUCGUGCUGUGAUUAGCAAAGCGAAAAUACUUGCAUUGUCUGCAACGUUGUCAAAAAGCAGUCAGCUGGAAUUGAUUAAAAACUUAAAAAUGAAAGACAGUAAAGUGUUUGUUGAAAAACCAAUGCCAGACAAUAUUGAUAUUUGUGUAGAGGAAAGGCCACCAUAUUCUUUUGCUGCCAAAGAAUCAUACAGAUUUGUAUUUGAGGCAAUUUUUAAUGAGGUGAAGACAAAGCUAAAUGAAUGUCCUUUAACUAUUGUUUACUGCAGUGGUUCAAUGCAUUGGAUUGGAUAUGGAUAUGAGUUGGCACACAGCAUCUUGAGGGAAGAUAUUAAAGCAGACAAUGGUGACCCACGUGUCAUUAUGUACCAUUCUUCUGUUGAACAGGACAGUGGAGAGUUGAAAGACAGAAUUCAUCAAUUACUGUCAUCAGAAAGCAGUGCACUACGAGUUGUUAUAGCAUCAUCAGCAUUGGGUAUGGGUGCUGACCUAAGAUAUGUAAAGAGGGUGGUACAUGCAGGACCCCCAAAAAGUAUCGAAGCUUACGUUCAGCAAAUAGGACGAGCUGGCAGAACAGGAGAAGAAGCGCAUGCUGUGCUUUUUUACAAUAAAAGUGACAUUGGAAGAAAGGAGAUGAGGUCAGAGAUGAGGGAAUUCUGCAAAAACAAAGAUAUUUGCAGACGCAAGAUGUUAAUCAAUUACUUUGGAUACAGUUCGGACACAUUGCAUAAAACAACAAAGUGUUGUAACAUUUGCACACCUGAUCUGAAGGCACUGUGUGUAAUACCUCCUGUAAAUGUGGAAAAAAGGGAGUCACUGAGAGUAGCAAUUACAGAACUCAUGAAGUCAAAGGAUCCAAAUUUAGUGAAUUCUAUGAAGUUAGAAGUUGAAUGCAUAGUAUUCAACCAUUCUAUAUAUCUAGACUAUAAAAACCUGGAGAAAGAUUUCAACAUUGACCUUCACUUAGCUAAGGACAUUGCCUUAAUAAUAAAACAAAUUAUGUCCUUUAAUUAAAGUAUGAUAAUACUAUCUACUAUAAUGUGAACCAAUAUUUCAGUUCUUUUCUGUGUCGAUUUUGAUGAACCUGGCCUACAUUCCUUUGUCAUGCAAUGCACUGUACUGAUUGUCCCUGAUCCAACCUUUGAAAUGUAUCAAGUCUAGAUUUUUCAAUGGGCUCCUUACAGGUCUGUUAUAUGAACGUAACUGACGGCCAGCAAUGUGAACAAAUGGUUUGACUCUAAGAAGUCUCUCAAUGAGGGACAUUUCAUCCUUUGUAGACGAUGAUUUACCAUGAGCUUGGGACCGAACUAUUACCGAGGUACUCUGGUCAUAAUUGUUGGCAAUUUCUGUCAUUCCUGCUAUAGCAGCAGAUCUCGCUGCCAAUGCAGACUCUGUCUUGUUAGAGUGAAGGGACUUGAUAUGACCUUUGAUUACCUUCACAUGAUGUUCCAUGUGCAGAUCAGCGGGUAUAUUAGUAUCCAUAUGUCCCUUGGUAUUGACGAACAAUCCAUAAAAUGUUUGAUAUGCAGUUUUCUCAUCCAAAAUUGACAUUUGAUGAAAUAAAAAUCUAAGAAUUUCUAA